GACACUUGAUGAAAUUAAUAUUUGAUAUUAUCUAAACAGUCGUAUUUUCUGCAUUCGAUAAUGUCAGGGGGUUAUGAUAGAGCUCUUACAAUUUUUAGUCCAGAUGGAUAUUUACUUCAAGUUGAGUAUGCAGCAGAAGCUGUACGAAAAGGAAUGUCUGUGGUGGGUGUCAGAGCGUCAAAUUCGAUUGUUUUGGCUGUAGAAUGUCGUACAGCCCCUAAGCUUCAAGACUCACGUUCUGCGAAGAAAAUUGUGUCUAUUGAUGACCGAGUUGUCUUAGCUUUUUCUGGUCUUCAAGCUGACGCACGUGUAUUAGUAGACAUGGCGCGUGUUGAGGCACAAAGUUAUCGACUUAAUAUGGAACAUGCUCCAAGCGUCGAAUAUAUUGGAAGAUAUAUAGCAAAAGUAAAACAAAAAUAUACUAUUCAAGGGGGACGCCGUCCUUUUGGAGUCAGUACCCUUCUUGGAGGAUUUUCGAAUGACGGAUCCCCAGGCCUCUAUCAAACAGAACCCCAUGGAAUUCUUACUUCUUGGAAAGCUCAAGCAAUAGGGUGCAACGCUAAAACCCUACAGGAUUUUUUAGAGAAAAAUGUUCAAGAAGAUCUCAGUGAUGAUAACGCCAAAGUUAUGGCUGUACGAGCUUUGUUGGAAGUGGUUGAAACAAAUAAUCAAGGAAACCAAAAUAUUGAAGUUGUAGUAAUAACGCGUGAAGGUGUUUCUCGUUUAACUGAAGAAGACAUUCGCUCUAUCAUUCAAUCUAUAGAUAUAUCUAAAUCAUACUAGUUUUGAAAAAUUCAUUUUUCGACUUGUGUUGUUUUUAGAACUACCAUCCCGUCAUUUGACUACUGUAUUCAUGUUUUAGAGAAAGCAGCAUGUUAUUUUUUUUUUUAAAUUUGAUGAACAUUACACUUGAUAUUAUUUUUUAAAAAAUU